AUGCUUCAACGAGCCGGAAUUCGGGUCCUCAGAUGCUCAAACUGCCGAUUCAUCCGACAUAGCACGGCGCUACCAGCUGGAAAGCCCAAGGAUGUUGUGGAAAAAGAGUCAAAAACCAAGAAGGAUAAAAUUUCCGCGACUCGGCUGGAAUGGGAACAGAAAAUUGCGGAUUUUUUGAGCACCGAACUGAAAAAAGAGCAUAAAAGAUAUUCGAAUGAGAAAAAGAGGAAACGAAUUGAACAUAUUGUGAUUUGGUGAGGAAUUUUGAACAUUUUGAGUGCGGUUGGACCAGGAAAAAAAAUUUUUUUUAAAGGAUUUUGGACCUUACUUUAGAUAGAGGUGAUAUUUUUUGAAAUUUUAGCCAUAUUCGAGACGAAAAAUUGGUCCCAUUGCUGGGAUUCCUCGCCAGAUUGACGCAAUCCAAAGAAGUGAUCGAUGGCUCGGCCGAUUAUGGAGAGGUGGGCUCGUUUUUAUUUGAAUUUUUAUUGUUUUAGAUAUUCACAUCGGCCCUAAAACAUGUCUCCCAUUUUUUGUCCACAAAAUCCUCGGAUUUCGAGUUUUUACGCUCUCAAGAAGCGAUUCCAUUCUUCCACAACCUUUUUGAAGUCCUGCCCGGCAUCCCAUUGACCUCGAAUGACGUCACCGGAGCUGUCGCGUUUUGCUUGGCCAAGCUGGAUGAAGUGAAAAUUUUGCCGGAAGAGGUGAAAGAACAGAGAGAACGAGUGGUACCGGGCAUACAGAGACGGUUGACGAUGGUGGUGAGUUGGUUUGGAAAGAAUUGGAGGAGAUUUUUUGAGCGGAGGUUAGGUGUGUUAUCCAUGAAAAAAAUUUGAUGAUUUAUGGUGGAAUAUGAGUGUCAAAGGUUUAUAGAAGAUGUAAGAUUAAAUUACUGGGCUUCUUUGAGGAUUUUAGUGGGUAUUGGAGCUUCUCGACCCGAAAAAAAUAGGUUUUCCUUCAAUUUUUAUAUUAUCCAUGACGAUUUUUGAUAAAUUUUGGUGAAUUGUCAUGCUUAACUUAUAAUUUUUGUCCGGUAAAUUAAAUUUUAGACUUAAUCAGGCAUCCUGGUUGUAUUUCCAAAAGAUUUUUAACUCAUUUUGACUAUAACAUCAAAUUUUUAUAUUACUUUAGACCACCUCCCACCUCCCAAAACAGAACCGAAUCUUCUUCAACGACCCUGAAUUUGACAUCAUCAAGGAGUACAUUCAACGGGGAUUUGAUCGUAUCCCCCGCGAAGAGCCGGAAGAAUCCAUAAAAUACGGUAAUUGCCCUCUGGCGGAGAGCCUUAAUGCACCGUGCAGUGAAGAGGAAUAUCAAGGAAACCCGUUCAUAACACAAAGUUGGACCAAACAGGAAUUGAAACAAAGGAUCAGAGAGCUCCUCCUGAGAGAGCAGAAUUAUUGUAUCGCGGUGGAAAAUUUCGCAAGAAACUCGAUUGAACGGCCAAUGGAAGUUUUGCUGAAAGAAUGGCAAUGGAAGGAGGCGAUUCAAAAUACAUUUGAAGUUAUGCGAGGAAAAGUCUCACAGGUUAAUGGUAAGGAGUUUUGGAAUGAUUGGUUGGGAUUAUUGGACUUUUUUUUUGAAAAAAAUUGGAUUUGAUGGGUAGUGUAAUAUAAUUUUUGAAAUUUUUGGUUCGAAAGGUAAAGUUUUUGCUUUGGAAUUUAAAAUGGACCCUUUUGAAGGAAAAUUAGGGCAUUUGACAGCCAGUUUGGAUAAGAAAAUUUUUGAUUUUUGAUCAAAUUUAUAUUGAUCUUGUCCUAAACCUAGUGUAAAGAAAUUUUCUUUAAAAAAAUUUUUUUAUUACUUUAAUUUUUUUUUAUAAAGGUGUCAAACUUUAUGUGGCGUAUUUUACAUUUUUACACUUUAUUCAUUCAGAGAAUUUUUUUUUGUUACAGUACCUAGUGUAAUAUAAUUUUUGAAAUUUUUGGUUCGAAAGGCAAAUUUUUUUCUUUGGAAUUAAAAAUUUACCCUUUUUAAGGAAAAUUAGGGCAUUUGACAGCCAGGUUGGAUAAGAAAAUUUUAGAUUUUUGAUCAAAUUUAUAUUGAUCUUGUCCUAAACCUUGUGUAAAAAAUUUCUUUAAAAAAAUUUUUUUGUUGCCUUAAAUUUUUUUUGAUAACGGUGUGACACUUAUCAUGGCGUAUUUUACAUUUUUACACUUUAUUUUAUUCAUUCUGAGAAAUUUUUUUAUUACAGUACCUAGUGUAAUAUAAUUUUUUUCAGUUACCCUCUUCAUCAACGGUCUGAACCCGGAGAAAGUCUCGGAGCGCCUUUUCGAAGUCAUGAAUGUAGCUCUCUGCACUGGCCAGAAAGUCCUGGCCAUCCCGGAGCUCGAAACCGCCUUGGCGCAUUCGAUUCUGGACUUGGCGCACUCCGAAUUCACCUCAAAUGUCCUCAAAAAUUCGUCGGAAAUAUUCGCCGAGGUCUUUGAGGAGUUUCUCAGGUACUUUGAGAGAGAUUCGGAGUUGCCGCGAACCUAUAGCCUCAGGGAAUGGUGGCAUAAAAGUGCUGCGAAGGCAAGAGUUGACCCAAAUUUCCAUGUCCCUCUUGGAGGCGUCUCAAAAGCAAGCACAGAGGAACUGGGAAGCUUUUUAUUGUCGGUGGUGAUGAACUCUUGCUUCGUACCGCCGAAUAAAUUGAGGAGAAGUGAGUUGAGAAUUUUUGGGAAUUUUGAUUUUUUUUUUUUUUUGAGUUUAUAUUGUUUUAGGUGAUUUUGAGGGAAAAUGUGGGUAAUUUCAAGAUUUUUGUUGAUUUUGUGGGAGAAUGAGCUAUUUGAAAACAAAAUUUUAGGGUUUUAUUAGGUAUAAAAUGGUGUUUGAAUAUUGUUUUUGACGAUUUUGAUAUUAUUUUAAGGAAUUUUGAGGAAUGGAUUUGAAAAUGAUGAAAAUUGUGGAAUAGAGUAUUUUUUUAUAUUUUUUCGGUUUUGAUUUUGGACUUUUAUCCAAAUUUUUGAGCGAUUUUUGGAUAUUAUUUUAGGUAACUUUGAUUAGUUUAGGUUAUUUUAGGGCUUUAGAAGGGUAAAAUACGUUUUGGCUAGGCUUUAUAAUAUAAGAAAAUUAUCCUUAGCAUAUUAUUUGAGUAUUGUGAUACGUUGAGUUUGAGAUUUGAGAAUUUUUUUUAUUGUCCAUGACAUACAGUGACGGACCUGAUCCCGUGGCAAAAAACGUAUCAUUUUGCAUCCCCGAAGUAUGAAAAAAUGUAGCAAACGCCUCCCUCACUCCGUUUUGAAGAGCGCGCUUUUGAAAUCGGAGUUUUUUCACUUGGAGAGGGAGGUAUUUUGCCACAUUUUUUAUACUUCCUGGAUUCAAAAUGGUACUUUUUUUGCCACUGGAUCAGAUCCGCCAAUGUAAAAAAUUUUUUUAAAAAUUUUUUUUUGAAAAUUUAUGUUUUACUUUGUAGGAAAAAGAGGAAAUGUGAAAGCAUUUUCCUUCCGCAACGUCAACAUUGAAGAGAAGUCGGAGUGGCUGGAGAAUUCGUACAAAAUCAAUGUCAACAAAAUGCUGGAAGUCCACCCAAUUCUAGUCGAAUUAAUCGAACAGCAUCAAUUCAAAAAAUUGCUUUUCCCCUUCCAUGAGCUGCCUACUACUGUAAGAGAGAUUUUGCAAAAAAAAUUUGGAUUUUUGAACCAUUUUUAUUUAUUUUUUGGACAAAAUUUUACAGUUUUUUUAAUUUUAGCUACCACCUCGACCCUGGAUGGAUAAAGGGCAAUGUGGACCAAUGUAUACGAAAGAAUCGGAACCCCUGAGGAAUCUGUAUGACUUCAAGGACGUAAAUGUGAAUGUGGAGAUGAGGAAGAGGAUCAGAGAUGGGUAAGAGGGGACCUGGGAUAUUGUAGUAGGUAGAGGUGGGAUUUUUGGUGAUUUUUUGGGGUUUUGCUGAGAAAGGAAGGGCGAGAUGGGUGUUUUUGGAAGCUUAAGAGUGUUGAGGACCCUGCGGAGGAGAUUUGAAAGAUUGGCGAUAUUGUAGUAGAUAUGGUGGAGGUAUAAAUUGAUAUUUUGAAAAAUCAUUUUUUUUUUAUUUUGUUGAUUUAGAUUGAAGAAUCAGGUGGUAAGAGAUGUUACGGGGUGGUUUGUGAGGUGUCAGGGCUUUAGAAAAGAUAUUUAUUACGAUUUUUAAAUUGUAGUAGGUGUAAAAGGGUAAAUUUGCGAAUUUUGUUUAGUUUUCAAGUAAAAUAUAAACUAGAAUUGAUGAUAAACAGAUUAUUACAGGGUAAAAUACGUUUCCAAUGGUUUCCAAUUGUUUAUUUAGGUUUGGAUUGAUGAUUUUUACCUUAUUUUUGCCUUCAGGUCCCAAGCCCGUCCAGUUUUCGACGCGUUGAAUGAUUUGGGCUCAACGCCAUGGAUCCUGAACCAAGCGACUCUUCAGGAACUGACCCACGCUUUUGAUUUGUCAUUCAACAAAGAACAAAAAGAAGUCCUCCACAAUUUGGCGAUCCCAAUGCACCCCAGCACAGUUCAAGUCCCGAGUUUCGAAGAGGAAUUUGGAGCCCAUCGAAAAGUGGCCGACGUACCGAGUGUUGAAUUUAUCGAGUUCUCGAAGAAACAAUACGAGGCUAGCAAGGAAAGGUAGGAUUUUUUUUUAAAUUUUUGGGAAUUUUUCGAUUUUUUUGGGAUUUUUGAAUUUUUUUUGUAAGAGUACCCCAAGUGUAAAUUUUCGAUUUGCCUCAAAUUUGGCAGAUGGAGUCUGUGUAGGCCGCAGAUGAAUCCCUGAAAAUUUUAGCGCGUGAUUUGCAAGAAGGGUUGAGAUAUUCAGCGAUUUUUUUGGGAUUUUUUGAGAGAGUACAGAAAUUGAGGAGACGGUCAAAGAAAAAUUGUUUUUUUUGACUGUAAUUUUAUGGAUUUUUCGAUAGAAAAAAUUGGUUUUAGGUAGAAUUGGGGUAGUAUUUACUAAAAAUAGAACAAAUUUUUUGAGUUUGAUUUUUUUUUUUUUUUUUUUUUUUUGAAAAUUCGAAAUUUGACCGAAGCUCGGCUAAAAAUUUUUGUUUAUGUCUUGGAAAAAUUUUAUCUGUAGUUUUAUGUCAAGUGUCAAAGAAAAUUUGAAAAAAAAAAUUUUUUUUUACCUAGUACAAUAUAAUUUUUUCACUGAAAAAAUUUCUUUUCCAGAAAUGAAACAAAUUCUCUCUGGUACUGGCUAAUGUACCGACUAGUCUUGGCGCGCCACUUCCGCGACGAAAUCCUCUACUUCCCGCAUAAUAUGGACUUCCGCGGCCGCGUCUACCCGAUCUCCCCGCACCUGAAUCACAUGGGAGACGAUAUAAAUCGAUCGCUCCUGAAAUUCGCCCGCGGCAAGGAGAUGGGAAAGAGCGGUUUCGACUGGCUCAAAAUCCACUGCAUCAACUUGACAGGCUUGCUGAAACGAGAGUCAAUCGAGAGCCGGCUAGCGUACGCCACAACGAAUUUGGGCCUGAUUUGCGAUUCGGCCGAGAAUCCCUGGACCGGCCGAAAGUGGUGGAUGCAGUCGGAGGAGCCGUGGCAAACUCUCGCCGCUUGCAUAGAAAUUCGAGAUGUUUUACAGAGCGGAAUCGACCCACGAAGAUUUGUUUCCCACCUCCCAAUUCAUCAGGAUGGAAGCUGCAACGGAUUUCAGCACUACGCAGCCAUGGGAAGGGACUUGAAAGGCGCCGCUGAAGUGAAUUUGAUCCCAAGUGAGAAGCCGGCGGAUAUUUAUAGCAGUGUCGCAAGCAGGUGGGGAUUUUUGAGGAUUUUUUUUGAGUUGAAGAGGGCAUUUUUUGUCAUGGAUAACAUCAAAAAAAAAAUUUUUUUUUUUUUUUUUUUUGAGUAUUAGUUAAAAUUUUGGUUAAUAAUGAUGAAAAACGGUUUUGGAUUUGAUUUGUAAUUCUUUUUUGAUUUCGCUUAUUAUUUUUUGAAAUAAUUCUAAACGCAGGGGCCAAUGCGCUAUCUGAAAGUUUGCUGAAAGUUAGCUGAAAAUGGUAGGGCGCAGCUCGGAAAACAACGUUUCGCAGCUCGCCGGAGCUAAGUUUCGGCUUGUUUUCGAGCUGCGCCCAAGACGCGAGCUGCGCCCGUGCAAAUUCUCCGAGCUGCGCCCUAUGAUUUUCAGCAAACUUUCAGAUAGCGCAUUGGCCCCAGUUGACAAAAUGUGUGAAGUAAAAUACGUUGAAUAGUAUCUUGAUUAAAAAUUUGCAGAGCUUUUAGUAAUUAUUUUUGGAAAAUACCGUAGUUUUCAGUUUAAAAAAUCUUGUCCUUGGCUGAAAACGAAAAAAAAUAGUUUUUUUUUUUUUUGAUAGUGAUUGGUAAAAUACGCAUUUUUUAGAUUUGGCAUUCUAAGAAAUGGUUUAUAUUAAAUUGCACGGUGCGAAAUGAGGGCUUUUUUGCACGGUGCGGGCCGCAAAAAAAAUGUCCGAGCACUUUAUGAGGAUUCUGAUAGCUGUGAUUUUCGUGUUUCAUUGUAUAUCUUUUUACAGGGGAAGUACUCCAAGUGCGACGCUCAGAUUUUCUUUAAAUCUUGCACACACGUCGGGUAUGGACUAAAUAUCAAUUCCUGAAAGUUUUAGCUCGCGCUUUGCGGGUGCCGCCGAGAUAUCGAACGAUUUUUUACCGCCGAGAGAGCACGCUAAACGUGGAGAGCGGUCAGAGAGAAAAACGCUUUUUGGCCAUAACUUUGGCAGUUUCGUGCGGAAAACUUUGAUUUUUUGUAGAAACAUUAUUCUUUACGGUGGAAAUAGGCAUGAAACUUUGCGUGCCGAAAUUCGGCAAAAAUUCCAAAAUUUUCGCCGACUUUCGAUCUAAAAAUCUCGGUCGUUUCUGCAAAACGCGAGCUAGGGUUCUCGCAUAUAUCUUAGAAAAAAUUAUUCUAAAUUUGUGCCAAGUUUCAUCAAAAUCUGAGCGUCGCACUUGGACUACUUCCCCUGUUAAUAAAAUUUUUCGAUUUUUCAGAGUGGAAGAAAAACGCCAAGCCCACGAAAAUUGCGAUGACGAAAAGACCCGAGAACUCGCCCAAGAUCUCCGCAAUUAUCUCCAUGAUUCCAUGCCCAGAAAAGUCAUCAAACAAACGGUUAUGACCACUGUCUACGGAGUGACAAGAUUUGGCGCGGUUCUGCAAAUCAAAAAACAGCUGAAAGCACUGGGAAUCCCAGGCGAAAAAGUGAGAUUUUUUGAAAAUUUUUGAAAUUUUUUGGCUCAAAGAUAGUUGUAAAUGACCUGAUUUGUCAUUUUUUAGCUGGGAAAGUUCUCCUCGUACAUAUCGGACCUCACUCUGGACAGUUUGAACGAAAGUUUUCAGGCCUCAAUGUAAGUGGAAUAUAAUUUUUGUGGAAUUUUUGCGAAAUUUAGAGCUUGAUUGACGGUUUAUGUUCCAGGCAGAUGAAAGAUUGGUUCAGAAGCUGUGUUUCGGUCUCAACGAAACUCAUGAGACCGAUUGAAUGGACCACUCCGUUGGGCUUGCCAGUAGCUCAACCGUAUGUUAAAGCGGCCAAAAAACACAAUAAAUUGUGUUUAGUACCUAUACUCAGCAAACAGGUAGGAUUUUUGGAGCAUUUGAGGGGUUUUGAAGGGGAAAUUGGAGGUUUUGGAAGUUAAAAUUGCCAUGGAUAAUAUAAUUUUUUUUUGGAAAAUAGCUUUAAUUUAGAAGGUUUUAAGUGUGCUGAUGACUGUUAGAGGCUUUUGAAAGGUUUGAGAGGUAGAGAGUUUGAGUUUUGAUAUAAAAUUUUCCCAUGGAUAAUAUAAAUUUUGUCAUGGAUAAUAUAAUUUGUGAAAAAAAUAACUGUAUUUUAGAAGAUUUUAGGUAUACUGAUGACUGUUAGAGGCUUCUGAAAGCGUUGAGAGGUCGAGGGUUUAAGUUUUGAUAUAAAAUUUUAUCAUGGAUAAUAUAAUUUCUAUCGAAAAAGUGCUUUUAAUGGUCUUUAUUACUUAGAUUAUGCCUAUUUUUAAAUCUAGAAAGCAUUUAGAUGACAGAAAAUUAAGUUUGACAUCAACUUUUACCGUGAAGAAUAUAAGUUUUGUCAUGGAUAAUAUAAAUUUUCUCAAAAUUUGCAGACAAAUGCCUUCCCUCCGAACUUUGUGCACUCCCUAGACUCCACUCACAUGAUGCUGACCGCCUUGAACUGCAAAAAGUAUGGGUUAACAUUCGCCGCAGUUCACGAUUGCUUCUGGACGCACUCGUGUGAUGUGGAAAAGAUGAACGAAAUCUGCAGAGAACAGUUCAUCGCGCUGCAUUCUAGUCCAAUCGUGGAGGAUUUGGCGAGAGUGAGUGGGAUUUUGAAAGUUUUUUUUGGGAAAUUUUUUCAAAAAUUUAAUUUUUUUUAUUUUUUUUUUUUUUUAAUUUUUUCAGGACCUCCGACAAACAUUCGUCCCGCCAAGUCUGGCCCGACUUCUCGACCCAAACACCCUCAGGGAAAUUGAUGAAAAGUUGACUCCCAACAUUGAAAAAGGAGAGCUGGACCUCAAUUGUAUCAAGGAUUCGGUCUACUUUUUCAGCUGA